AGGCUGAGUAACAUCGAUCGUAAAUAAAACCUGGAACUGAGCGCUAGUAUAAUACGGGUAUACCCAUUAGGGUAGACCUUAAAAGCGCGCGCGAUUUUAUAAAUCUGCGAGUCGUUUUAAAGCAGUAGCGCCGUACAAAACUAAGCGUAAUAACAGAUACGGUAAAUUAAAGGUACAAAUCAAUCAGUUUUCACUCACCCGAAGACACUUGUCACCUCUGAGGAACAUGUCUGUAACUACGGUACAGCAAUUGAACAAGUACAAAGCGCUGACGGGAAUCAAUGACAGCGUCGAGAGUCAACUCACGAAGUUAACGUUUAGCGGUUUUGUUUUCAGUUAACAAGCGUUGACCCGUUACUAAUAGACUAUUCCGAGCGACUUUCACAAGAAAAUAUUUCAACUAUCCCUGAUACAUAAAAAGAACAUCUGAUCUGUUUACAGUGUAACGAUUCCGCCGUCUGUGUCGUUUUCAUAGUCAGGUAUGUGGGUCUGAGUGCACUGAUCUCUAAAGUUUUCGUGACCGGAAGUGCAAUCAAUUUCGUUCAACCUUCUCAUGCCCCACGAGGUGGCGCUUGUGUUGUGGUUGGUGACGCAUUCAAUCGUGGUUGGCUGAUCACAUGAAAAGCAACUGAUGAUACUUUAGAAAUCACUUUGUCAAAGAAAUAUUAUUUCACGCAACAAAAGAAAAAAGGGGUUGAAUAAAUUUGAAUAAUCACUACCUUCAUUCCAAACAUCCGAAAUAAGCAGAAGCAGUUGUAAACAAAUGUAGCUGGUUUUGAAAACAAACAUAUUUGGGGGGCUUUUGCCGAAAAUCAAUCAGAGUUUCUAAUAAUCAAUGAGUGAGGGAAAAAACAAGAUGGCACGGGCAAAACAAACAGAUCGACCAACAUGGGGUAACAGAGGGCCAAUAUUGGCCAAGCGUGGAAGGUGUCAGCGGUCUGCCUUGCUGGCUCAGUAUCAUUAUGCCAAAAAAAUGGCGGAACGAUUUGUAAAAUACAGUUGGGCAUAGUUCGGUCAUUGUUUCUGCACAGUUUAUGUUUUCAUUAGUUUGUAGAAUCAUUUAGCCCGUAGGACCAUGGAUUCCGUAGCCGAAGACGAUAUAACUCUUCCUUUGGAUUUUGAUAGGAGCACUAAUCUGGCAAGGUUUAAGGAGGCCGUCGCAGCUGGUACGGGGGGCGACAUGUUAGAUUCUUCUGCUGAAUUUUCCGAAGGACUAACAGUAAGACCAACAACUACAGGUGCUGGUAAUCAAGAUGGUUCUGGGUCACCCCAAACAAAAACAAUGAAAGAUUAUGAAUAUCAAAUAUCUGAGCUGAAAAAGGAGAAUUUUGGUUUGAAGCUGAGAAUUUACUUCCUUGAAGAACGUGUGAACCAAAAUGGUGAUGUUCCAGAGGAUAUUUUCAAGGCAAACAUAGAACUCAAGGUGACAGUGGAAAAGCUCAAGAAAGAGCUUGUUGAAAGACAGGAAUUGCUGGUCAAGGCCUCGAAUGCUGUUGAAGCCUUAGCCCAGCACAGUGACACACAGAUUAGACAGCUAACAGAGGAACAUAAUGAGGAGUUAAGGGAAAUCAGAGAGGGAUAUGAAAUCAAGCUCAAAGAAAUGGAGAAGGACUUGGCUGUUGCAAGGAAUGGUAUGGAGGACAUGGCUGACAAACUUGCUGAAACUGCUCUUCUUAAUCAACAAUUAAAUGAGAGACUAUUGGAGAGUACUGAUGGCUUCCAUGAUGAUCAGCAACAGAUUCAAGUAUGUUAUGAUAACCAACUGUUGCUAACAGAGGAACAUAAUGAGGAGUUAAGGGAAAUCAGAGAGGGAUAUGAAAUCAAGCUCAAAGAAAUGGAGAAGGACUUGGCUGUUGCAAGGAAUGAUGUAGAGGACAUGGCUGACAAACUUGCUGAAACUACUCUUCUUAAUCAGCAAUUAAAUGAGAGAUUAUUGGAGAGUACUGAUGGCUUCCAUGAUGAUCAGCAACAAAUUCAAGUAUGUUAUGAUAACCAACUAGGAUCUCUGGCUUCUACCAAGGAAGAAAACAAGGGGUUGAAAGAUAAUCUGGACAGCUUGAAGGACAUGCUGAGCCAACAAGAACAAGGCAUUCCCCAGCAGAAUGCAGCAUUGGAAAUUAAUGAAAGAAAGAUACAGGAAUGUGAAGGAAGAAUCAGGCAACUUACAGAAGAACUUGAAAGCAGAAACCAGAAAUUAGAGGAAUUAAAGGAUAAAGCCAAAAAGACUGAAAGAACAAACAGGGAAUUACGAAAUCAGCUUCAUGAUAAAGAACGAGAACAACAUUUAAACUCCAGAAACUCGACAGACAAUUUACUCUCACAGAGCUCAAAGGAUGGUUCCAGAGACAGUGAGCUGCAACAGCUGCAUACUAAAGUUCAAGACUUAAAUCAAAGUCUAACGGCCACACGAGAGGCAGCACACACUGCAAAGAGGAAAUGGUACCAGGUGAGUGGUGAGGGAGACAUUCAAGAGAUAACUUGGAUCACAGAUGGAACAACUCAUUGUCAGCAUUGCUGGUUUACAAAUAAAUGUACUAUUACAACAUCAUUAACUAGCAAGACACCGCGAAUUUCCAAUAAGAAACCCUGGACUUACUCAGUUUUAUUCCAAGGGCCUUUUAGGUGGGUUUAGUUUAGUUUCGGAAGAGCCUAUUUUUGGAAAGAAUUUUGUUGUAAAAAUGGUUGGGUUUAUAUUUGGAAGGGACCCAGGGUCUGAAAGAUGUGGGAGCAACGAAGAAUUCUGUAUUUGAAGACGCUGUAAACAUAGCAAUUUAGAAACAGUCCUAAGAAAAUACGCGCGCUGAUUGGUUAAAAAUCGUGUUUCUA